ACUGCUGGUGUCAUGGUGGAUUCAGUCUAGUGUAUGUAUGUACAUGACACUGGGCCUUAACACUAGCGCGGCCUACACAAUGUUGGAAGCGGGUCGCCGUUGAUAGCCAAUGAUGUCACAAAUCGACCAGCUUUCAGACCAAUUGCUCCCUGGGCUGAGAAGAUCGAGGGCCUGGUGUUGUACCUCGUAGUGUAUGUAUGGGAAGGACGAGCGGCCCGCUGGUACGAUACUCGGAGUUUGAUGGCGCGGAAAAUUUGGGCGUAGCAGACCUCUUGGUAUCACAUAGCUCGGCUUCUCUCAAUGCCGCUUUCCCAACAUUCUCCAGCGGAUUCGAAGAGGCACACAAUUUUUUUGGACCUUGGGCAGUUGGAAGCUGGAAUCUGGGGCAUUUUGCAGAGUUUGGAGGGUCGGAGACGUUGCGACUUGCUCUCGAAUGGCGUGCUCUCAUUGGCCAGAAGGCCCGAAAACGCGACCGAGACACGAACAAUCGCUUCCAGUGGAUCCCAUUUGAUAAACAAAAACGCGACGAGCCAAGGCAGCGCUGUCUCCCGGCGUCACCAAGUCAUCGCAGCGUAGCAAACCAAGCAUGUCCCGUCCAAUCUCUGCCGACAAUGCUUGAUCUUGGUGAUGUAUGUGCGGAAUGGCAGUUUUAGUGUACACAAGUGUAGUGGUUGCUUGACCUGCCACAGAGCCCACAGUAGUGUGCAAUGUCCUACCCCGCCCGCUUCUGUAAUCUCAUGCACUGCAGCAAGCAAGCGCUUUGGUUCGAGGCAGGCCCUUUACAAGACUCCCGCUGUCUCGAGUUAUCGUUCGCAGUCGGUGCCGUCGGUCAGGUCGACCUCGACGAGACCCCGCAGACAGGCCACUGGUGCGGCCGAGGCGCUACCUAAC